AAGCCCAUGGAACCGGAAGAAUUCAUCGACAAUAAUUACGCGGCCGAGAGUGAAGAAGAAGAGGAAGAAGAGGAGUCAGAACCAUGUGAAUGUGUUGUUGAUGACCAUGCAAAGCACUUUGGUCAUCAUUUAGACUGUGUCACUAUGGAGAAGCUCAUUCUUUUAUUGCUGUUUGCUCGUCACGUUUAUCCAGAAAUUGCCAAUAGCACUCAGAAGCCUGGUUGCAAGUGUCAACAGUGA